AUGUCUGUAAUUCCUAUCCAGUCUGCUCAAAAUGAGGCUUCCUCAUCGACAUCCAUACCAUCUUCACCGCCGUCAAAGCAUAUCGCCACCUUUGUUUUCGACUCGUCCCUACCUCGAUCCAAAUUCAAGAGACUCAUAGUAGCAGAUGGAGCAGUACAUAAAUUAGUACAGAGAUUGAUGGAAAAGCAUGGAGGGGAGACCAAUCUUCGAUUAUGCCUGCUCAUCACUGCCUCGUCCGAUCAGACUAGCGAUGGCAAAGCGGAUACUUUCCGCAAAGAAUAUCCUGGACCUUUGGCCUUUUUAACUUCUCUACCUACUUUGAUCGAAUACUUCCCAAGAUCAGGAAGAGAACCGCUGGAAAGGAAAUGGCCGAGUUUCUCAGACCAAUCAGGUGAAGAAGGGAAACAGGAAUUGAUCAAAGAUAGGAAACGGAAAAGAAGGAUUGAGGGUGCACUACUGGAUGGUAUAGCAGGUGGUGUACAACUGCUUGAUCGUCCAUACGUCAAUAUUCAUCAUUCACCUUCGCGAACCUUUAUCUCCCUCACUCCUGCAUCAGCUACUCCAUUACUCGAUUCCUUGUAUAGUCCCGCCGGCCAAAAUGACCAUACGCCUGGGUCACCCGCGCAACGUUACCUAGUUGUGGUAGCUUCGAGUGACGCAAAACCAGGUGAUAUCAGACCACAAGAAGAUGAAAUCACCAAAACACGCUACAACUGGGAUGGAGGAUUAGAUGACCGUACAUGGGAAGGAUUGGGAGACGUCAUGAAAGAGCACGAUUAUAAGUGUUCUUCAGUUGUCGUAGGACGAAGCGACGGCGAAGAGGAAACACCAAGCAAAAGGCUGAAGACUAUGUGCAAAGCGGUAUCGAAUAGCUCAUUCGACUCACCCUGGUUCAGUGUCCCAUCCGAUGUGGAUUUGGCACUGUCUGGAUAUUCAAUCGAUACUGGAACGACUCCAUCACUCGACAUGGCUUCUACCGUCGCAACUGAACAUAUAGAAACUCCCUUGACCAAUCCCCAACUCAGUGCUGACCCUAAAUCACUUCAGCAAUUGCAGAAUCAGGCAAUGCAAGCUCGUAUGGCCCAGUUUGCUCGAGCUAUAUCUUCUGCCGGCGGGAGCGGUAAGGUUGAUUCACAAGUAAUGCAAAGCAUGUUUGCUGCCAUGAAAAGUGGUGGUGGCAAUGUGGAUAUGACCGAUCCAAAAUGGCAACAAGUAAGACAGUUACUUCAACUUCAACAGCAACGCCAAGCUGCAUCUACGGCUUCUAUAUCAGCACCCCUUCCGACCCCAUCGCUGAAUAUGAGCAACAAUGUUUUGAACGAACAAACUAUGCAAGCGAUGGCAAAAGCAUCAAUCGAUCAAAAUGUCAUGAUGGCUAUUCAACAACAGAGAGCGCAACAACAAGCUCAAGUUCAGCCUCCUCCUCCUCAACAAUUACAACAGCAACAGCAACCGCAGCAACAGCAACAGCAACAGCCACAGCAACAGCAGCAGCAGCAGCAACAACAACAACAUCAACAGCAACUGCCGCCUGCACAAAAUCCUCAACAACCACCGACGAGACCCGCACAGCAACAAAUUUGGUCUGGAACGCUUUCCUCAGCAAGCCAGCCAGGAAACUACACUACAUUGUUAAAGCUCGAUGCAUCCAAAUUCUCGGGUAGUGUAGAAGGCAUUAUGGCUCAACAUUGGCCCAAGGAUCUGCAAUUACGCAACGUUGUAGUUCUGGAUGUGCAAACGCUUACUGCGUAUGCCCAAAGCAAGUCCUGUCCAAUAGUCGUCUUCACACCGGAUAUGAGUGGACAGGAUAACGGCAAUUUCAUGAGAUACAACCAAUUGGCUAACAGUCUUCAUGCCAAGGGCAAUAUGGUUGUCAUUCCCAUAGGCGCACAAGAUCGCGGUAUCGUUCUUUUCUCAGCUUCUAUACCUGCAGUGCCCAAUACGCCAAACGGAAUGAAAGAGUACAAAUUGAUGGGCGUGGUAUGCCUUCAUGUACCGUUUCCUUCUUUAAAUUCCACGAACGGACGUCCGUCGAGUCAGAACCCUCAACAACCAGACGUCGUGUCUCAAUCCCAACAAGUCCAACAAAUGCAACAAAUGAGGCAGCAAAUACCACAGCAACUCCAGGCACAGGUCCAAGCACAAUUGCAGCAGCAACAGCAGCAGCAACAGCUGAAUCAACCACUAACACAACAACAGCAGCAGCAACAAUAUCGACCUUCACCGAAUGCUCAGAAUUUGAAUACUAACUCGGAUCCAAACACCAAUGCGGUGUAUCAUCAGCAAAUGCUAUUACAAGCUCAAUCUGCUAUGCAAAAUCAGAUACAGCCUCAACAGCUUUUACCUCCUGCUCCGCCUGUCCAGCAACAACAACAGCAGCAGCAGCAACAGUACCCUGUCCAACAGCCUCAGGCCGCUUCGCAAGAAAAGAGAGGAAUGACUCAACAACAGUAUAACCAAUUGAUGUUGCAUGCCCAAAGGUUAGGUUUGACCAUUCCCCACUUUGAUUACAAUAACAUUCCGACUAGUCAAUUACAAUCUUUAAUCAACGGAAUCAAGCAAGCUGAAAAUAAAAUGAAGGCUCAACAAGCUCAAGCUCAGCAAAUGCAAUUACAGCAACAGCAACAACAGCAGAAUAUGCAGAUGCAGCAACAACAACAAAUGGUUCAAUUGCAGCAGAUGUUGGCUCAGCAGGGUCAAUUUGGCGCUGGAGGAGCGGAAGGCUACGGUCAAUAA